AUGUUAUUUACUACUACUGCCAUUGCCUUGAUUGCUGCCUCUGUACCUAGCGCUUUGGGCUGGGGAAAAGUUGCUCAUGGUGUAACUGGAUUGAUUGCUACCAACCUAAUGACCAAGGACGCUCAGUCUUUUGUAAAAUCGCUUAUUCAAGAUGAGAGUCUUCAAGAGGCUUCUACUUGGGCUGAUAAAAUAAAGAGGUCUGCUGGGUUUGCAUCAUGGAGUGGUGUAUUGCAUUAUGUCAGUACACAAGAUAAGCCGCCUGGAGAUUGCAGUUACGAUGAUGCUCGCGACUGUGCCGAUGGAAACUGUAUUGUUGGCGCUAUUGCCAACUUCACCAUGCAAGCAGACUGCAAAUCUAGCUUCAGCGAUAAACAACGUGGCGAGGCUCUGAAGUUUAUUACUCACUUUAUCGGUGAUAUUACCCAGCCAUUGCAUGUUUGUGAACGCGGUCGUGGUGGUAAUGACCAAAAGGUUAAAAUCGGUAGAAAAACUUCCAAACUCCAUAGUAUCUGGGAUACUGAAAUGCCCGAAAAGCAUGUCAAGAACGACUUUGGUGGCUCUGCUGAAGAUUACGCUCAACAUCUUACUGAUCAAAUCAAAACUGGCGACUAUAAAAGUGAGGCUCAAUCGUGGCUCUCUGAGCAUGCUCAUGAUGCUGUCAAUGAACGUCAAAACUCGCUUGCUGCCAUUGACUGGGCAACUGACUCGAAUGGCUAUGACUGCACCGUUGUCUGGCCUGCUUACGAUGAGAAUCCCGACCAAGACUUUGGCGGAGCAUACUACGAGGCUGCUGUUCCCGUGAUUGACUUGCAAAUUGCAAAGGCUGGAUUCCGUCUUGCUGAUUGGUUAGAUCAGUUGGGUAAAGCAUGCAAGAGCUCAACAAGCACUCGUCGUCGUCGUUAAUCCGUGUCGGUUUGAAUCAUUUUGUAAAAGGGUUUAAUCGGUCAGGACUUUGCAUUAUUUUGUCAUAGCCUGUCAUAGUUUAUUAGCAAACCCAAACGUUGUACUUGUUUUAAAAUUGUUAAUGAAUAAAACUGUUU